GAUCCAGGCGGACAGCCGAGGCGUCACUUUCUGCAUAGCGACCUAAGUGAGCGUAGUUAAGGUGUCGGAUAAUCAGGUCUCCAGUCGUCCUUCACCCGGAUCUCUGUUAGCGAUGGAGACUUGGGCCGGCUCCCGCCGAGGUUCGCGCAUCUCGCUGGGUAUCUGGUUGAUGAUCGCCGCUCAUGCCCUCCAACACGCCAGGGCGGAGAUAAGUUGCGGAUCUUGCCCAUCGCCUGUUCAACUUCGCCGGGAAGAGCUGCAGCUGAGGCCAGGGGUGCGCUCCGACCCCGCAGAGGAGAUGGUUGAGGUCAGGGAACCCGGGGUUACUGAUCAGGAAUCUGGGAUGCUUGGUAUUUCUGGCCCUGAUUUUAGUUUGGAUGAAGGCAAAACAGCCCGUUCUGAGUUUGGGGUGGCUGAGGAUGCUGCGCUCGGGAGAGCCAAGAGAAGCACUACAGACUUUAACGAGUUCAGCGACAGCGAUUGGGCCGGCCGGACCGCGCAGCUGGAGAGCCAGAAAUCCAGCAGCUCGGAAUUCGGGUGGAACAGAGAGGAUGGGAGAGGGAAUACCAGGCAGGAUGAGUCCAGGCUAAGCAGCAGCACAUUCGCUCUCACCGGGGACUCUGCGCACAACCACGCCGUGGUCUACUGGACCGGACAAAACAGCAGCGUCAUCCUUAUUCUUACCAAACUGUACGACUUUCACAUCAGCAGCGUCACUGAGAGCACUCUUUGGAGAUCCACUGACUACGGAUCAACAUACGAGAGAAUGAGUGACAAAAUUGGAUCCAAGGCUGUCCUCAGUUACCUUUAUGUGUGCCCAUCCAAUAAGAGGAAGAUUAUGGUGCUGACUGAUCCAGAGUUUGAGAGCAGUGUGCUCAUCAGCACUGAUGAGGGAUCCAGUUACCAGAAGUACCGCCUCUCCUUCUUCGUCCUAAGCCUGUUAUUUCACCCCACCGAGGAGGACUGGGCAUUGGCCUACAGCCACGACCAGAAGUUGUACAGCUCAGUUGACUUCGGGAGGAAAUGGAUGCUCAUCCACGAACACGUCACCCCAAACAGAUUCUACUGGUCUGUUUCCGGCCUGGACAAAGAGCCAGACCUGGUCCACAUGGAGGCUCAUACACCAGAUGGAAAUGUCCAGUACGUCACAUGCAGAGCUCAGAUGUGCUCCGAAGCCAACAGGAAUUAUCCAUUCCGUGGAUACAUCGACAUCAGCUCCCUAGUGGUUCAAGAUGACUAUAUCUUCAUACAGGUUCCCACAUCUGGACGAGCAACUUAUUAUGUCUCCUACAAGAGAGAAGCCUUCAUACAAAUCAAACUGCCCAAGUAUUCCCUGCCGAAGGAUUUACACAUCGUCAGUACUGACGGGAAGCAGGUGUUUGCAGCAGUGCAGGAGUGGAACCAGAAUGACACCUACAACCUCUACCUGUCUGACACUAGAGGGAUCUACUUUACCUUGGCCAUGGAAAAUGUUAAGACAACAAGAGGCAUCGCUGGGAACCAGAUGUUGGACCUUUAUGAGGUGGCUGGAAUCAAAGGAAUGCUCAUUGCAAACAAGAAGCAAGACAACCAGGUGAAGACCUACAUUACCUACAAUAAAGGUCGGGACUGGAGGCUCCUUCAGGCACCUGCUGCAGACCUGGAUGGGAACGACAUCCAUUGCAUCCUGCCUUUUUGUUCCCUGCAUCUCCAACUUCAAAUGUCAGAGAACCCUUACGUGUCAGGGACGAUCUCCACCAAGAGUUCUGCUCCGGGCAUCAUUGUUGCCACAGGAAAUAUUGGAGCAGAGCUGUCUUACAACAACGUUGGCAUGUUCGUAUCAUCGGAUGCAGGCAAUAGCUGGAGACCGAUCUUUGAAGAAGAACACAAUAUCUGGUUUCUGGACAAAGGAGGAGCCCUUAUUGCGGUGAAACAGCCAUCUGUGCCAACAAGACAUCUGUGGGUUAGCUUUGAUGAAGGGAGGCAGUGGACUCAACACAGCUUCUCCUUGGUGCCGCUGUUUGUGGACGGAGUACUGGUCAAGGCUGGCGCUGAGAACCAAAUCAUGACCUUUUUUGGACAUUUCAGCCACCGCUCUGAGUGGCAACUCAUCAAGAUAGACUACAAGUCCAUCUUCAGCAGGAAGUGCACUGAGGAAGACUACCAAACAUGGCAUCUACACAACCAGGGCGAGCCAUGUGUAAUGGGUCAGAAGCAGAUUUACAUGAAACGCCGGCCUGGAAACUACUGCAUGCUGGGAAAGGACUACUCCAGAAUCCUCUCAGCUGAAUCCUGUAUUUGCCGAGCUCAUGACUUUGAAUGUGAUUAUGGAUAUGAGCGGCGGAACGACGGGAACUGCAGGCCGGCCUUCUGGUUUAAUCCUUCCUCUGUGUCCAGAAGCUGCAACCAGGGUCAAAACUACUUCAACAGUACAGGGUACCGUAAAGUGGUGUUGAACAACUGCACUAAGGGAGUUAAAGAGAUGUACACGGCCAGGAAGCAGCAGUGCCCCAACAGGUCCCCUAAGGGACUCACCCUGACCACCAAAGACAGCAAACUCACGGCCAACAUGGGAAGUAACGUCACCUUCAUCGUGCACCUGAAUGAGGGAGACUCUUUGAGGACCAACAUCCAGCUGGAUUUCGGCGAUGGGACAGCAGUCUCCUUUUCCAACCUGAGCUGGACCGAGGAGGGGAUCAAACAUGUUUACAAGUCAGCCGGAAUAUUUCGAGUUACAGCACUGGCAGAGAACACGCUUGGUUCAGACACCACUGCAUUGUACCUUCAUGUUACAUGUCCAGUGGAGCACGUCCAGCUUCUUGCUCCAUUUGUGGUUAUCAGAAACAAGGAGGUUAACAUCACAGCUGUGGUUCUACCCAGCCAAUCACGCACUGUCACCUACUUCUGGUGGCAUGGUAACAACACAGAGCCGGUGAUAACUUUGGAUGGAAGUAUCUCAUACACCUUCAGGAGUGAGGGAAUGCACACCAUCACAGUUCAAGUAGCAGCAGCUAACACUAUCCUGCAGGACACCAAGACCAUAGCAGUCAAAGAAUUCUUCAAAUCUCUGCUUUUAUCUUUCUCCCCGAACUUGGACGAGUUCAACCCUGACAUACCCGAGUGGAGGCAGGAUGUGGGGAGAGUAAUUAAGAAGGCUCUGCUACAAGUUUCUGACUUCCCAGAGGAGCAGCUCUUGGUCGCUGUUUUCCCAGGAGUUCCAACAGCUGCAGAGCUCUUUCUGUUACCCAACAAGAACCAAUCAGAGGGGAAGAAAAAGAGUGAGGAAGAGCUAGAGAAGGCGUCUAGCAUCAUUGUGAGCGCACUGAACCAAAACCUUGUGGAGUUUGAGCUUAAACCUGGAGUCAGAGUCAUCGUCUACAACACACAGUUAACGCUGGCCCCGCUGGUGGACUCCAGCCCCAGACACAGCAGCUCAGCAAUGCUCAUGCUCCUCUCUGUGGUGUUCCUGGGCCUGGCUGUGUUCCUGAUCUACAAAUUUAAGAGAAAAAUACCUUGGAUCAACAUAUACGCUGAGGUGAACCAGGAGAAGGAGCAGGAGAUGAUUGGCUCGGUCGGUCAAGGUGACAACACGCCGAAAAUUACUCUGAGCGAGUUCACAGCAUCCAAAGAGCUCAUGGAGAAGGAGCUGGAUGCCCGGGUCAAGAGGGGAGUCGGAAACGUCUGUGAGAGCACAAGGGAGAUUCCAAACUGUACCAGCGUGUAAAAGGGGGAAUUUGUGUACAGAGCAAGAUAUCAGUGUCCGGGGUUCUUCUCUAUUUCUGUUUUGUAAUUAUAAACAUGACUGAUGUUAAUAGUUUUUUCUAAAAAGCCUCAUUUAUACAGACUUGGAUGUUGCAUGGAUGUCUCGUUCGGCAACAUCCAAUGCAGCGAUGGGAUCUCUGAGACUUUUGGGUUUUGUGGAUGUAAACGCUGCAUUCAUUUGCUGAGGGAAAUAACUUUCGUCAAUGAGUUCUGUAUGUUUCCUGAGAAGUGUGCUUUGAAAAUCAUUUCUGCCUAAAUGUAGACUAUAAUGUCUAAGUCUUCAAACAAACAGGGAAUAUUACUGAAAUGUAUAUUAUUAUAUUUUGUUCUGUUACAUGUAAAUAUUCCUCCUUUCUAAAUGCUCGUAGUCUCAUGACGACGGCGUCACAUCUGAUGACGGUGUGUUAUUGAAAGUGUGUUUUAAAAAGUGAGACAUUACCUAAAAUGAAACAUUUUGCUUUGCUGACGUCCUUGACUUGUGCAUGUUCCUCCCGAGAACACAGCUUCUGUGUUGUAGAUAAGCAAGUGUUGUAAAUAGUUCUUUUUUAAACAUUCGUCAAACAAGCGCAGUUGGUUCUGGCCAAGUUCUGUUCUGCUUUUAUCCGCUUCAGUUACUGUUGGGGAAAUGUACUUUGUUGAAAUGGGUCGAUCUGUUAAUGUUAAGCUGCCAUUAACAGACGCACUCUGCAAACAAAACAAGAUGGAUCAACAUGACGGGGAUUGUGUAUAAUAUAUUUAUAUUUUCAGUAGAAAUAUACUCGAGAUAACCAGACAUUUUAAAUAGAUAAGUGUCUUUGAACCAAACAUUAAUAGUGUCUGGCAUCACUGCGUUAUAUUUUGCCUCUGAUAGUCCUGAUUUGUUCUCAGAACAAAAUGUGAGAUCAUAUUGUGGUGACCAGUUUUACAGUUCACAGUAUUUUAAAGCAGCCUUGGGAGAAAAUUGUAAUAUUUUUUAAAACAUACAGUAGUUUCCCACACUUUUCAGCUUUUAACGAACAUAACAGUGGAAGAAACUCAUGACCCACACUAGCAAGUAUUUCUACAGGCGACCAGUAACAGCAACAACAAUUGUGCUUUAUUUAUGUCGACGGAUUAGAUGGAAAAAACCUGAGAAGGAAGGUUUUUCUGUUGCUUAUUCAUUUCAAGGUGAAAGUCAAAAUGACAAAUGGAGUUUAAACAAAAAGGAAAACUGUUGAAAAAGCAUAGGAACAAUGAAGACAAAAUGUUAAGAAUAAAAUGUCUGUGGAAAGAAGUAAAACACCUCAUAACAGUAUUAUUUACAUCAAGAUUUAAUAACAAAUAAAUUAUUUCUCUUUUAGUAAGUAAACACCAUGUUUACACAUGCUGGUUAGUUGGCAUGGAGGUUAUCCUGAUGCAACCCAAACCUGCCAACAUUGAAAAACUAUGCAGACUUAUGGUUCCACAGAACCUAAGAGGGAAAGAACAGGUGCUGCUAAUUAAAGCACUCGACUAAUUAACAUCAGCAGUAAAUGCAUCUCUAUAAAAGCAGGAGUGUUUUAAAGAUUUAUCCCAAGUGGAAAACAUUUCAGACAGUUGCCAAUUUUCCCAGAAGUCGACAUCUGAGGAGAUUCAGGACAAGGUCAGAGUUUAACGCUCAGAGAAAUGACCCAAACCCCAAGAGCUCUAUCUCAGACCCUGCUGGCCUCAGUUAGCUUGGCUGAUGUUAAAUACUGAUACAGGACAUUUAGAAAAAGACAGAACAAGUAGGACUUGUUUUAAAAGGUUGAAGAAUAAAGAUUUCUUCCUGAAAGAAUAUGACAGCAUGACUGAGGUUUAAGAAACUGCUAAUUAAUGACAAACAAGACCUCUGGACCAAUGGCCUCUGGGUAGAUAAGACUAAAGUAGAAAGGUUUGCUCAGAAUGCAGAGUAUCAUGUUUGGAGGAAACCAAACAGCAUAUCAGCGCAAACACACCAACUGUCGAGCAUAGUGGAGGAGGGCUGAUGGUUUGUUGCCACAUAAUGUGAUCACCUUGCAGUCAUUAACGUGACCAUGGACUUCUCUUUAUAUGGCAGUAUUUUAGAGUCAGAUCUUUCUAGCAACUGAACCUGAGCUGAAAUCAAGUCAUCCAACCAACAGAGCAAGGUUGUAAAAAAGGUGCUAAAAGUAAUCCACAACAGUGUGAAUGGCUGAUAAAGUCAGGCAGGAAUUGACUAUUUCAGGUCAUUGUUGCUAAUGAUACUUUUACAAACUACUCAUCAAAAUUCUUACAGCUCAAAAUGUGCUUGGUUUUUUCACUUUCAAGCUUCAUCUUUGCCUGAUUAAAAGGACACUGUGGAAUUUUAUGUGUGUUCUUGUAGUCCUAAGGUUAGAUUUAAAGCUGCUAACUACUUUUCUGUCAAAUCAAACACACUUCAGAUAAAGUUUGUAACUUAAAACAAGCACAUUAUGAUCAGUUGUUCUAUUUGUUCUUGCUGUUUUAUUGUAAAAUACAAAAAUCUACCCUCCCUAAAACAAGCUACCAUGUGCACAUGUUUCUAGUGACAUCACAUAGGGCAUAGGAUUUGAGUUAUUUCAGUAUGCCCAUUUGUGUUCUUCCUGUUAUUUUCCCUCUUCAUUCACAUUUUAAUCAGAUUCCUCUAGCAGCAAGACACCUGAGUUUUUAAUUGUGUGCCUGUUGAGAGGUCAUUGCCCCAUUUACACGCAAACAGAAUUAGCCAUUUUUCUUCCAUUAGCAUACAUUUUAUGUCCAAAGAUGUCCAAAACACUGUUUUUUGGACAUCUUUACUUCAUUACUCAGCUGUGUUUCUAUUGUCAGUGUUGUUAAAUACUUUUAGAACCGGGAAAAGAACAAAUCAUUUUUCUUAUUUUCUGAAUGAAAAUGGUGUGCUUUCUUCACUGGUAUAAUUUGAAAUGAGGCAGUGUUGUUCUCCCAGUGUGUAACUUUCCACCAGCAGUGAUUUCCCCAGCUCUGCAUUAUGAACGUAAUGAGAGAGAAAGCUGGACAGCUAAGCUGAAGAUCAAGCAUGCAGAGCUUCACUACAAGCUCAUGUAAACAUCUGAAGAAGCGAGAGUGCCCAGCACAGAGAUAUAGGCUGUCACGUCACACAUGAGUUACCCGAACAGGGUUCUCUCAUCUCCAACCAGACAGCCGGACCGGUGCUUGUUUCCUGCAUAAAGAACACAGUGAACAAACCUUACUGUAUUCACCUUGAGACAGAGCUGAGGGGUGCUUGUUUGGCUGGAGUUGAAUCUGAUCUGACUUCUUUCAUGUAAAUGAGAUUAGGAAAAAAAAAAAGGCAAAAAGAUAGUUUGAUAAGGGAAUUACAGAAGAUAGUGUAAAAACAUACUGUUCUUUCUUUGUCAAGAGUUU